AGAGGCUGCAUUGUGAGAGCGUGCCCGCCCGCCGGCUGUCUGACUUGAAGCGAAGGAUCGACCGAUGUGCGUCUUUACGCAUAUCGCUAGUUAACCCCCGCUGAAAAAACAACGCUCGGCUUGGCUUUGCCUUCCGCUCCCCAGUGCUGAAUGUAACUACAACUUGCCGGCUCUGCGAUACAGCACAAGGAAUGCGCGGAGCGAUGGCUAGUUCUCACUCAGACACCUGCCCCAAGUGGCGUCUGAUAACCUUUGUCAUCUGGACUUGCCUCUGGGAGUUUAUCAGCGGUCAGAUCCGCUACUCUAUUCCCGAAGAGUUGAAACACGGGGCGUUUGUUGGGAAUAUCGCCGAUGAUUUGGGACUUGAUGUCAGGCAGCUGUCGGCGCGGCGGUUUCGUAUCGUCCCUGCGGCCAACACUCAGUACUUGGAGGUCAAUCUGGAGAACGGGAUUUUGUUCGUGAACGAAAAAAUGGACAGAGAGUUGCUGUGCGAUUUGACUUCCAGCUGUUUCCUGCAUCUGGAGAUCGUGGUGGAAAACCCGCUGGAGUUACACCGGGUGGAGGUGGAGAUAUUGGAUGUGAACGACAAUUCCCCCAGUUUCCCCUGGAGGGAAUUCCGCUUGGAGAUCGCCGAGUCGGUGGCUCUGGGUUCGCGUUUCCCGCUUGAGAACGCUCACGACCCGGACGUUGGCACCAACUCGCUGCAGACCUACAGGCUCAGUCCCAACCAGUACUUCCAGCUGGAGGUGCAGACUCGCAAGGGGCGCAAUAAGUUCCCCGUGUUGGUGCUGGACAGGUCACUAGACCGGGAGAACCAGGCGGUGCACCAGAUGGUGUUGACGGCCGUGGACGGCGGGGUGCCGGAGAGGUCGGGCACCGCUCUGGUCAUUGUCACCGUCCUGGAUGUCAACGACAACGCUCCUGUCUUCGACCAGGCUGUGUAUACCGUCUGUCUGGUGGAAAACGCGCUGAGAAACACCUUGGUGAUCAAACUGAACGCCACCGACUUGGACCAAGGGUCCUACGGAGAGGUAACCUACUCCUUUAGUAAUCAUGCCCCAGCCCGCUUGCGCCAGCUCUUUCGGGUCGACCCCCAAACGGGCGAAAUUCGAGUCAAGGGUGUGGUGGAUUAUGAAGAGGCGAGUGUUUACGAGAUUUAUGUCCAGGCGAAAGAUAAGGGUCUUUACACGGCGGCCGUGCAUUGCACGGUGGUGGUGGAAAUUAUCGAUGUCAAUGACAACGCGCCCGAGCUGAUCUUGACCUCUGUGUCCAGUCCCGUCAGAGAGGACGCGAUGCUGGGGACGGUGAUCGCUCUGAUCAGUGUGACCGACCGCGAUUCGGGCGACAACGGGAAGACCUACUGCCGCAUCCCGUCUCAUCUCCCUUUCAAACUCCAGUCGUCUUUCAAGAACUAUUACACUCUGGUUACGGACGAUCACUUGGAUCGCGAGCGGGUUUUUGAGUACAAUGUGAGCAUUACUGUCACCGACUCCGGCACCCCUUCCCUCUCCACCGUCAAAACCAUUCUCGUUAAGGUCUCGGAUGUCAAUGACAACGCGCCCCGCUUCGCACACCCGUCCUACACGGUGUAUCUAAUGGAGAAUAACGCGCCCGGUGCGUCUAUCUGUUCGGUGUCAGCCUGGGAUCCCGAUUCCGAGCAGAACGCCUAUGUGUCUUACUGCAUCUUGGACAGUAAGAUCAAAGGCACCCCUAUAUCAUCCUAUGUCUCCAUCAACUUGAACACGGGCAACCUCUAUGCGCUGCGCUCUUUUGACUAUGAGCAACUCAAGAAUUUCCGAGUUCAAAUCCAAGCGCAAGACGCGGGCUUCCCAUCCCUUCACAACAACGUGACGGUGACCGUGAUCAUCUUGGACCAGAACGACAACGCUCCCGCGAUCGUGUACCCGCUUCCUCCCAACGGCUCGGUCGAGUGGGUGCCACGCUCCGCCGAUGCCGGUCACCUCGUGGCCAAAGUAACGGCGGUGGACGAUGACUCGGGUCAGAACUCCCGGCUGAGUUACCAGCUGGCCCAGGCGACUGACCCGGGACUGUUCAGCAUGGCACCCUUCACGGGAGAGAUCAGGACGACGCGCCGCCUUGAAGACUAUGAUGCCCCCAGCCAGAAGUUGGUUGUCCAUGUCACAGACAAUGGGAAGCCACCGCUCUCCACCUCGCUCACCAUCAGCGUUUCAAUAGUCGAUAGUAUUCCCGAGGUCAUCGCAGACUUAACAGAGGGGCCCCAAACCAUCGAAUACUUCUCCGAGUUCAACCUUUACUUAAUCGUCUCGCUCGGCUCCGUCUCCUUCGUAUUCCUCUUGGCUAUCAUCGCCCUGAUCUCCAUCAAGUGUCACAAGGAUAGGCACGGCACCCUUGGCGACCGAUGCCCUCUCAGUACCUGUUGCCUCCGGGGCUCCCGCCGCUGCUGCCGUUUCCGCAGGAAACACUCCAGGGACGUGUUGAAUAAUUCACACACAAACUUCCAGAUGCCACCCAGUGUGAAAGCCCCGCCGAGUUCAGUGGAUGUAGCGGGCGGCAGCGGUGGCACGCUCUCCCAGACCUACUGCUACAAAGUGUGCCUGAGUCCCGAAUCGGCCAAGAGCGACUUAAUGUUCCUCAAACCUUACAAUUCAUCCACGACCGGGGGGACCAAAGCCAAACCCGUCAGCCCCCACGUGAGUACAGCCAGAAAAGAGGGGUCAGACGGGACUAAUAUUGGAAGCAACGGGUCCAGCGAGCGCAUGGGAGUGAUGUCAGGACUGGUGGAAGAAAUCGGAAGUUGGAGCAGGAACCAGCUGCGACCCACAGCCCCAAGUAAUGAAGCUCAGCACAUGAAUAUGGUUUCACAUCAUUAUCUCUGGGAGACCGAAGACCAGAUUUCCAAGUAUGGACCUCCUUGACAUUCCAAAUGACUACAUGGAUAUACACGUCAAUAUGGCAAACAUCUUCAUGUUCACAAUGCCACUGGGAAGUUGUAUCUCCAAGCAGUGAUGAAAAUAUUAUGUAAUAAAGGUUCUAAACAAAAAUUGCUUUGAACUCGAUAUUUAAGUGUGUUCCACUUUGAUGAACAGUGACCAUUGUAAUAUAAUUGAUGAUCGUAUGUAAGAAAAUAAUUGAAAUUGGAAAAUGAAUUGAAUUAUGUUUUUCUAGUGACAUUUUAAAAUGGGGGAGGACAGGCAUUGGGGGGAAGUGGCUUCCAUUAUUUCACUAGCCUAUUUAUUCUUGGUGUGUGGCCAUGGGUGAGGAGAGGGGUAUAAAUAUCACACUCCUUAUGGGAGAGGGCAUUCUCAAUAUUUCAGAGUGGUUGCUUCAGCAAGAUAAUGUUCCAAAAUGUUGUGGUAUUUUUUCCACUUGAUUCUUAUAAGGAAAUGGAAAUUUGCUGAGAAGGGUGGCACAGCAGUCGAGUUGCUGCCUAACAACGCCAGAGACCCAGGUUUGAUCCUGACCACUGGUGCUGUAUGUAUGCAGUUUGGAUGUUCACUUUGUGACCAUGUCCGAUUUCCUCCCACACUCCAUAGAUGUACAGGUUUACAGGUUAAUUUAGGUUCGGUAAAAAUUGUAAAUUGUACCUUGUGUGUAGCAAAGUGCUUCUGUAUGGGGGUUGCCGGUCGGCAUGGACUCAGUGGGCCGAAGGGAAUGUUUUCACGCUGUGUCUCUAAACUAAACUAAACUUUAUUAAUUUCCACUGAAGGACAUCUAACUGUACUUGUUGAGCAAGCUUUCCAAUGCAAGGGGACUUUACAUUCAUCUUUGUUACUGAUGGCAUAGUAUCUUUGCUCAUUAAGUUGCAAAACCAUUGAAUACUGUAAAUACUGGGCAUCUUAUGCCAAAACAGAAAAUGCUGGAAAUACGCAGAAGGACAGGCAGCAUGUCAAAUAUAAAGAGAUCUAAAGUCUCAUUUUGAGGUGAUUUCAUUGAAACUGGCAAAAGUUAGAAGUGAAAAGUCCCUGCCGACCCAUCCAUCACGUGUUUACAAUAGUUCUAUGUUAUCCCACUUUCUCAUCCACUCUCGACACACUAGGUUCAAUUUACAGAGGGCCAAUUAACCUAUAUACCCGCACAGCUUCGGGAUGUCACUCUCAGCGCGAGAACGAUGGCAGCAAGCAGACCCAUUGUGACGUUGUCAGAGAAAGACAAGUCAUAUUUAUUUAAAAUUUUCAGUAAUAACUCGAGAAAUAAAGCAUGACAUUUUCAGAUUUCGGACUCCAUGGGAAAAAUCUCUACCAGAAUAUGUAAAAAUUUCACCAUUAGCGCGUUGUUUUCUCAUGAAGAUGUGAUUAUACACAAACAA